AGAAGGCAGCACAGAUCACGUGCCGAGCGGGGGUGCCCGAACGGCAGAGUGAGGUGUGGAGUCCGGGCAGGGCGGAGGAACAGGUGGAGAAAUGGGACUAUACUCAUCUCACCACCCCAAGAUCGAGAACCUUCCGGAAAUCAUGCAAGAGACAGGCUUUUCCAAGUCCCACAUCUGCCGUCUGUAUGAUCGUUUUGAAGCGUUGGACCAGAGCAACACAGGGAAGCUGAGCCGGUCCGACUUCCAGCGCAUCGGAGCGCUCGCGGUAAAUCCUCUGGGAGAGCGAAUCAUCAACGCCUUCUUUCCUGAUGGUAAGGAUACGCUGGACUUCCGUUCAUUUGUCUGCAUCCUGGCGUGCUUCCGGCCCAUCGGAAAGGUCAAGUCAUCAGAUCCUCAGGCCCCCGAACCAAUUAAUAGCCGAGACAACAAGCUGCAGUUUGCCUUUGAGCUGUAUGACCAGGACAAGGAUGGGAAAAUCUCGAGAGACGAACUCUACCAGGUGCUGUUCAUGAUGAUGGAGGCAGAGGUCACGGAGGACCAACUGGACAGUAUCAUUGACCGCACCAUCCAGGAGGCUGAUCUAGACGGUGACGGUGCCAUCUCUUUCGAGGAGUUCAGGAAGAGCCUUGAGAAUGUUAACGUGGAGCACAAGAUGAGCAUUCGAUUCCUUCGGUGAGAUCCAGGGGACUGUGACAAGGAACCCCUGGGAGCUCCUCCUAUGAUCCACCCACUGGGUUUCGAGUCUGGUUACCGGAUUGAAAACAUAAACUGUCUGUUCUGCGUGUGAUAGCCUUCCUCAUCAAAAUUUAUAUCUUAAGGCUCGAGCCAUUUCUUCCCCUCACCCUCCACCCUUCCUUCCUUUCCAGGAUUUCAAAGUUCAAAGUAAAUUUAUUAUCAAAGUACAUACAUGUUACCAUACACAACCCUGAGAUUUGUUCUUCUUUUGCCUUUUCCGAAUUAGCAGUUUGGAUCUUUCUGUAAACUGAGAAGCCUUCUAUUCUGAUCACUAGCGUGCCGGCAGAAAGCCAUGUCUCACUCUGACAUAGAAUACAACAAUCUCUCAUAUCCCUCUCAUACAGCAAUCUCACCCUCAGGUCCUCAGUUUCAUUCUCCAGCAACUGCACAUUUCCUAACAAGAUGCUGGGUGAGGGGGCUUCAUUCCUCUGCAUUUCAGCCUGGCAUGAAGUCGUUCGCCACCAUUCCCCCCUGCCUGCUUCCAGCCAUGGCGAUGAACCUGCAUCCGCUUAAAGGGUCCAUUGAUUGUGAAAUCCGUAAUUAAGUAGAUUUAAAAAUACAUUGCUUAGAGGGAAACUACAUGCCACAGAUUGAAGUGAGAGUAAUUCAAAAGAGGUAUAUUUAAAAGUAUUGUUUGUAGCGUAGUGAACAUUGCCAUAGUUCACGGGUGCCAUCUUGACCUCAGGACCAUUCAGGAGCUGGGAAAUUUCUGCCCUGGGGUCGAGGAGGCAAACUUUCUGCUCCCUCUGUCCACUGGUGUUUGGGAGUCCCACAUUUAACCACAUACACUACCAAGGAUCUGCUUCUGUGUGUCUACCAAGGACAGAAUCUCACUUCAGCAAGGAGGAAGAAUCCACUGGUGUUUGAAAACUCAUUAAGUUGGGGCGCCACCAGAGGGUGUCAGAAGGGGAGGGUGAUCUCCUGUAGGAUCCUGCACCUAAUGAACCCACCUCCCUACAAUGAAGCCAGUGGAGCUGCAGAUGGUUAAUCAGUGGGUUACUGGCAUCUAUAAUCCAGGGAGGCCAUUCAGCCCAUUGAUUUUAUGCCAUCCUGACUAGUCCCACCCUGUAGAGUUCUCCUACCUUUUAAGUGCCUGGGUCUCUCCUAAUCCCCCAACGUUUGCUGUGCUUUGAAAAGAAAAUCCUCUAAUUCUCUCCAACAGAUCCACCAACGUUGAAAUUGUAUAAGAUGUCAGGGAGGCCUAAUUUGGAGUUUUGUGUGCAGUUUUGGUCACCUGUCUACAGGGUAUACAAAAUGAUGAGAGGUAUAGAUAGGGUAAAUGCAAGCAGGCUUUUUCCACUGAGGCUGGCUGAGACCAGAACUAAAAGUCACGGGUUAAGAGUGUGUAACUCCAAUACGUAAAUCUAAUUGCAAGAAAAAGACGGGUGCCCUGGAGAAUGAAACAAUUUAUUUUUUAACUUAAGAUGAUGUAUGAUGUGGUGAUGUAAUGACGAAUGCCAUUUACGUGCUUUUACAUAUAACCCGUAAUGAACUAUUUAAGCAAUAAAGAUCGCUUAAUCAAACAACAUAUCUGCAAUAUUACUCCAA